GCCAAACUCACGGACUAGGGUCUCGGUAGAGCGGCAAACCUUGGUUGAUACAGCCCAUCUGCAUGAUGAACUUUCGAGUCCUAUUCCUGGCUCCAUCUACGCCGACUGUUGAUGGUGGUCAUUCCAGAGUUGUAUAUCUAUCACUCUGGACAGCGACAAUCCAGGUGUCCCCCCUCGCUCACAUCCGGAUCGGUCACUGCACGCAAUCAGCUAGGCAACAAUGUCGAGUUCGUGGGCACCCAACGAAACGGACUACGAGAUCUAUGGUGAGAAGAUAUGGCUACAGGCGAUGGUCCUGCAGAACAUACCCUAUGGCGUUGAGCUUACGCUCUUCGUCAUGUGCUUCGUCACCCUGCUCGAGAACACCAAUCGGUUCAAUCUGAGGCGACACAUCUUCCUUCUCGCGUUCACCACUGUUGUUCUCGGAUUGGGGACGGUUUACAUGAUUGCGGUUUCUCUGACUGCUCAGCAAGCCUUCAUCGAAUACCGAAACUUCCCCGGAGGGCCUUCGGUGUACCUAAGCGCCAUGUUCGCUAGCACCGUCGGAAUGACGAACAGUGUGUGUUGGAUGAUUAGCAACUGGCUCCUCGACAUGUUCUUGGUUUGGCGAUUCCUCGUCAUAUACAGAGACUUCAACCGGUCAUGGAUGCGGAUGCUGCUAUGUAUUCCCGGCCUUAUGGUCUGUACGUCCAUUGGCAUGUCCAUUGACGUCCUCAAGAGCAUUUCCCAAGCCGACGGCUCAUCGAACUCCACACCAUUCCUAGUUGCGAACAUCACACUCUCGUUCUACGUCAUCUCGCUUGCGGCGAACAUUAUUGUGACGAUUUUGAUUGCGGGUCGUCUGCUCGUCUAUCGACACCGUGUACAGAGCGUUCUUGGGGCACACCACGCAAAAGGCUAUGCCAACAUUGCGACCAUCCUCGUGGAAUCAGCGGUGCUCUACUCUGCCUUCGCGUUCACCUUCCUUAUCGUGUUUGGGAUGAAAAGUCCCCUCUCCUACUUCUUUGUCAAUUACGUGAACUCCGUUCAGGUGUGUACUCAUGUCAAGGCAUCUGUGAUAUUGAUGCUGAGUGCAUCCUUGCGAAUCGUAAUGGUUGCUGCUAGGCGAUCUGUUCCUUCCUCAUCAUAUUCCGUGUUGCGACGGGGAAAGCUUGGACCGAAGACACCACCACGCGUCUCAUGGAAAGGACGCACAGCAACGUAGUCAAGCUCCAGCCCGCCACGAGCAUUCAUUUUGCACAGAAUACAUCUACGGACAUUACGGACUCGAUGCCAACUUCGAGGAAGGAGAUGGGUAUCAUCUCGGAGGAAGUCGGGCAAGACAUAACAGAUGACUACAGUGCAUAGUAGCGGCCGAAAUCUAUCAUGAGCGUGUAGCUGGUCUUUGUCGAUAGCAGUGUCACAGGAUGAAUGUACUAUUGGGAGGCUUACAAUAUGUUUUCCGGGCUGCCAGAGAUACUGUCGUAAUAUGUCAAAUUGUC